AUGGGGAAAGGAAUAUGGGUGCACUGGGUGAUGAUGCUCCUCCACCUCGUCGCCGUAGUCAUAUUCACCAGAGGCUUCCUCCUCACCCGAACCGAGCUCCCUAACUUCAGCCAAUGCGACGACGUUUCACAAUCCCCUUGCUUCUUCCAAAACCAGAGCCACAAUCAGAAGCGCUGCUGGAGCAAACCUGCCAUUGAUAAACUCGUCAUAAUCGUCUUCGACGCCCUCCGGUUUGAUUUUGUAGCUCCAAGUACUUUUUUUCAAGAGAAGAAGCCAUGGAUGAAUAAAUUGAAGCUUAUUCAAGACCUGGCUGCUACAAAUGCAUCGUCGGCUCGGAUCUUCAAAGCCAUUGCUGAUCCACCUACCACUAGUUUGCAGCGUUUGAAGGGAUUGACAACCGGUGGACUGCCGACUUUCAUUGAUGUUGGGAAUAGCUUUGGUGCUCCAGCGAUUGUUGAAGAUAACUUGUUACAUCAGUUCGCUCAAAAUGGAAAGAGAGUUGUCAUGAUGGGGGAUGAUACAUGGACGCAGUUGUUUCCUCAUCAUUUUCAGAAAGCUUUUCCUUACCCGUCUUUUAAUGUUAGAGAUCUUGACACGGUGGACAACGGAUGCAUUGGACACCUUCUUCCAUACUUGCAUCGAGGUGAUUGGGAUGUCCUUAUAGCACACUUUCUUGGUGUGGAUCAUGCAGGUCACAUAUUUGGGGUUGAUUCUGGGCAAAUGAUAGAGAAGUUGGAGCAAUACAACACCGUUUUGCAAAAUGUAGUUGAAGCACUGGAGAGCCAGUCUGCACCGGGGGGAUUACACGAGAAUACUUUACUACUUGUGAUGGGUGAUCAUGGGCAGACUGUAAAUGGAGAUCAUGGUGGGGGGACUGCUGAAGAGGUUGAGACAUCCAUGUUUGCUCUGAGCUUUAAGAAUCCCCCAUCCUCCAUACCAGCAGAAUUUGAUACUUCAUCUUGUGGACUAGAUUUGGAUAAGAGGAAUAUCUGCAUCAGUUCCGUCCAACAGCUUGACUUUGCAGCGACGAUAUCAGCGCUGCUUGGUAUUCCCUUUCCUUUUGGAAGUAUUGGGCGUGUUAAUCCUCAGCUAUAUGCCUUAGGCGGUGGAACAUGGAAUUUCGAAGACAGUUUGGGAAAUUGCCAGAAUCAGCCAAAGUUAAAUGAGUGGAUGCUGAAUUAUGUCAAUGUACUCUGUACCAAUUCUUGGCAGGUAAAACGAUAUAUAGAUAUUUAUUCAGCUUCUUCAGUUGUUGGAUUUUCCCAUGAAGAUUUGUUGCACAUAGGAAACAUAUAUGCUAAAGCAGAGGAGAGAUGGUCACAAACUACAAAGAAGUUGUUGUCACAUAAAAAGGAAAGCUGCACUGAAUUGUUGCCUGCUCUUAAGAGACAAGUUGAGGAGUAUUCUACUUUCCUAGCAAGUGUUGCUGAACUUGCACGGUCCAAAUGGACUGAGUUUAAUUUAAAGUUGAUGGGUACAGGACUUGGUAUUAUGUUGAUAUCACUCAUUAUCCAUUUCCUUGCAAUUAAGAAAGUGAAGGAGCAAUAUGGUUUUUCUUUCACAUCAUCUGGAGAUUCUGGAAUUUCCUUUGGGUUAAUUUUUGCUUGUUUUGUUGGGGUGAUACGUGCAUGCAGCUUCCUCUCGAAUAGUUUCAUCUUGGAAGAAGGAAAAGUGGCAUGCUUUCUUUUGGCUACAACUGGAUUUGUUAAGUUGCGAUCUUCAUUCAUGAAGAAGAAGAUGAUAUUAGAAGCAUUUGUUUUUCUUCUAUUGGUCACCAUUUGCAGAUUUACUAUUCAAUUUGGAUUGUCAAAGCAGGCUCCUAGUUCUGAAGAUAUGAGUGCAUAUCCUUCGUGGAUGCUUGGAAUCACCUCUCUUUGGAGUUUUGUUGCUGAAGUUUUGCCAGUGCUUGCGCUGAUUUUAUUGGCCCUCUUGCUAAACAAGGCCAUUACUAGAAGCUCUCCUGAGGGGAUGUGGAAGUAUAUUAUUAUGGGAACCGGUUUAAGUUACAUUCUGAUAGCAGUGCAUUGGGCAUUAGAAAGUAACCUACUGGAUCUGGCUUGGGUGCUUAAAGAUGUUGGAAGCAAUUGUAUUCCUCGACUAGUAUAUGCCAUCGGAGUUGGACAACUGUUAUUAGUGGCAAUUAAUCAGCUUUUUAUUAAACAGAAAUCCUCAGAAGGCAGCAAAAUCUUAUCUACUAAAGCAGUAGCCAUGUUUUCUGUAUGGAGUUCAACAGUUAUUAUUCUGCUAGGAAAACAAGGACCUUUCAUUGCGUUAGUAUUCAUAAUUGGAGGUUAUUGCAUAAUGCGGUUGGAUAAUGUAGAACUGGAUGGCAAAGAUGGAGGUAGUUGGAAUUUGAUGCUUGAUCCAGUUCCUGUAACACAAUGGAGCCUUUUUGCUGUGUGCCUUUUUUUCUGCACUGGCCACUGGUGUGCUUUUGAUGGCCUCCGAUAUGGUGCUGCAUUUACAGGCUUUGAGGAGUUCGUCCUGGUUCCCCAAGCAAUCCUUCUUACAAUGGAUACUUAUGGUUUUUCCCUCAUCCUUCCAAUAUUUGGAAUUCCAUUUCUUGUUGCAUGCCGGGGGCAGACUGAGAAAGGAAAGCAACCCAUUCUCGGGCGGUUAUCUCUGGUGUAUAUGAUUUAUGGACUCAUUGUGGCCACUUCAGUUACAGCCACUAUACUAUGUGUCACAAUUCAUAGGCGGCAUUUGAUGGUAUGGGGUUUAUUUGCUCCUAAGUUUGUUUUUGAUGUGGUGGGUCUUAUCCUUACAGACGGUUUCAUUUGUUUAGCCUCAGUUUACUAUUUCAGUCGAGUGGAAGAUCAUGCCCUAUACGAUCCAUUAAAGUAGAAAACAUACAUGCUAGCUAACAUACCCUAUAAGAGCUGCCAGUUUUGCCGAUAUGUUAUUUGAUUAUUGUAGUGA